AAAAUCUUAGUCCCGCCGGAACCCAACCGAUAAGAUAAGUGGUGACCCCACUAAUUUUUUUCAAGUCUCAUUCCCUCGUUGCAACCCUGAGGGUAGAAAGUAGAAACCUAAGAUGGACUCGUAUUAAGGUCACAAGUAUCGCAGGCACGACGAACUUCCCUAAACUACCAGACACUGUUCCCAACCCCGACAGAUCAUAGCCCAAAAUGCCGCGACGGAAGUGGAUCGACAAGAAGAGCGCAACCCAUUUCGCUCUGGUCCACCGGCCGCAAAAUGACCCUCUUAUUCACGAUGAGUCGGCACCACCCAUGGUGCUGAACCCUACUCAGCCUCGCAAAGGUUCCAAAACCAAAGGACUGGGCGACUUGGCGUCCGAGCUAGGGUCGGAUGCGCAAAGCAUUCGUGACAACGAAGGCGAAGCCGCGAACUACGGCGUCUACUACGAUGACACGGAAUAUGACUACAUGCAGCACCUGAGGGACAUUGGCCAGGGCACCGGGGAGGCCGUGUUCGUGGAGGCAAACCCCCUAGUGAAUAAGAACAAGGGGAAGCAGAAGGCGUCACUCGAGGAUGCCUUGAGACAGCUGGACCUGGAGAACCAGUCCAGCGAUCUGCUGGAUGAGCAAAUCCUCCCGUCCAAGAACCUAAAGAAGGCCACCUAUGAGUCACAGCAAGAUAUCCCGGACGCCAUUGCCGGCUUCCAGCCAGACAUGGACCCAAGGUUGCGCGAGGUCCUAGAGGCCCUAGAGGACGAGGAGUACGUGGAUGAGGAUGACGACAUCUUCCAGGAGUUGGCCAAGGACUCCCGUGAGCUAGACGAGUACGAAUUUGACGAGACUUACGACGAAGCGUAUCCUGACGACGACGAAGGCUGGGAGUCGGAUGAUACAGCCAAGCCAGCGAAGGAGUUUAAGGAGGAAGAGGUGCCAGAGCUUGUUGAUACGGGUGCCCAACCAAGCGAGGGUCCAUCGGAAGACUGGCUCGAGGACUUCAAGAAGUUCAAAAAGGACCAGAAAGUCGACAAAAAGCCUGCUGCGCGGGUGACGCCGUCCGAGCUACAGUCGUCAAUAUGGACCACUACCACGGACGGCGGUCGUCGAAAGAAGAGAAAGGGUGCCCUGACAAACCUCUCAGGCUACUCCAUGACCUCGUCAUCUCUUGUCCGCACAGAACAGAUGGGUAUUCUGGACUCACGAUUCGAAAAGAUUGAGGAGGAAUACAACGCGGACAUGGACGACACGGGGUCGGUGUCGGUGUUGUCGUCAGUGUCGAGCGUCCAGGGUGAAACCAGAGCCGAUUUUGACGGGCUGCUGGACGACUUCCUUGGCAAUUAUUCCAUGUCCGGCAAGAAGCACGUUAAGAAGGGCAAGUAUACCAGUGGAAUGGAUCAACUCGAGGAAAUCAGGAGAGAGCUUGGGCCUGCGAGGAUACCUCCCAAGUAUCGGUCAUAGAGGUGACUAAGACACUCGUGUGUGGGUUAUUACCAACACUCGAUCUCAGAUGAAAAAGACCUUCUGCCCAAAAAAAGUCUCGUAACCAGUUUGCCUCGCCAACGAUAUAUCAGACAGGCGGCCUGUUUUAUGGAUGUGACUAUCGUGGCAUCAGUUACUCAUACACAUGGGAUCCAGAGAAGGGAAGCUGGAAGUCAAGCGAUAUCCUUGUCAA